AUGGAAAUUUUUUACCUCAACCUCUUCUUUGCUGUCUUCUUCAUUUCCAUUAUCGUUCACAAACAUAGAUCAAAAUUCAAGCACCCUAACCUUCCUCCUGGCAGUUCAGGCCUCCCUUAUAUUGGGGAGACCCUUGAGCUCUUGUUGACAGGAUGCAAAGGCCAUCCUCAAAAGUUUUUCCUUGACCGUAAAGCUAAAUACGCAUCAGAAGUAUUCAAAACAAACCUUUUCUGUCAGCCUGCAGCAGUUUUGUGUGGUGCUGCAGGUAACAAGUUCUUGUUCUCCAAUGAGAACAAGGUUCUUAAAGCUUGGUAUCCAGACUUUGUGUGCAAAAUAUUUCCCUCUUCAGUUCAGAGGUCACUCAUUGAACAAGUUGAUCGACUGCGCACUUUGCUCCCUGAAUUUUUGAGACCUGAUGCCUUGAAGAGAUACGUUGGCAUCUUCGAUACGGUUGCCGGAAGACACUUUGCAUCAGAAUGGGAAAAUAAAGAAGUUGUGGUUGUGUUCCCUCUAGCAAAGAGCUUUACAUUUGGGUUAGCUUGUAGCUUGUUUCUUAGUAUUGAAGACCCCGACCACAUUGCAAAACUUGCUAGCCCAUUUAACCUUGUAGUUUCCGGUAUUUUUUCUAUCCCAAUUGAUUUACCUGGAACUCCACUCAACCGUGCCAUCAAGGCCGCAAACUUUAUUAGAACAGAGCUUUUUGCGAUUAUUAAGCAAAGAAAAAAAGAUCUAGCAGAGGGAAAGGCAUCACCCAAGCAAGAUAUAUUGUCACACAUGCUGUUGGCAUGCGAUGAGAAGGGAGCAUUUAUGAGUGAGCUAAGCAUUGCUGACACAAUUCUUGCACUAUUAGCCAGUGCACAUGAGAGCACCAGUGCAGCUUGUGCAUUCAUUGUCAAGUAUCUUGCUGAGUUACCUCAUAUUUAUGAAGGAGUUUACAAAGAGCAAAUGGAGAUAUCUGAAACCAAAGCUCCUGGCGAUGAGUUGUUAAACUGGAAUGAUAUUCAAAAGAUGAGAUAUUCUUGGAAUGUAAUUCGUGAAGUGUUGAGACUUUGUCCAACCUUUCCUAAUGUUAGAGAAGCCAUCCAUGGCUUCGAUUUCAAUGGUUUCUCAAUUCCGAAGGGUUGGAAGGUGUAUUGGAAUGCAAACUCGACGCAUAGAAAUCCAGAAUACUUCCCAGAACCCGAAAGAUUCGAUCCUUCCAGAUUUGAAGGGACCGGACCAGCUCCUUACACAUUUGUUCCAUUUGGUGGAGGACCCAUGAUGUGCCCUGGACAAGGGUUUGCUCGCCUAGAAAUGCUUAUUUUCAUGCACAAUCUGGUGAAAAGGUUCAAGUUUGAUAAAUUUGUUGCAGAAGAGAAGAUAAUGUUUAGUCCGAUGCCAAUACCUGAAAAGGGAGUUCCCAUUCGCCUCUUUCCUCACAGACCUUAGAGAACCAGAUCCCCCCCUCCCCCGGGUUAUCUGUACUUGCAAGUAAAGGGAAAAACAAUUUUUUUUGGUCAUUAAUCAUUAUUUUUUAUUUUUAAUUCA